ACACUGACCUACAAUUUGAGUUUUGGCCUCUGGGAGGGACUAAAGCCACUGAAGAAGAAGAAAGUUGCGGCGCCAUAAAAAAGCUUCAGUUCAGUUGAAACCCUAACUAACAACCGCAUUAGCUAUGGCCUCCUCAUUAUGCCCGCCAUUUCCAUCGUCAUGCUCCACUUCUUCUUCCUCGUUGUCUCUGUCUUCUCGGCCUCGUUUCAUUCACAACCACACCUCCUGCAUCCCUGCUAGCAACAUCAUCAGGUGUGAGGUUAGCAAUUCACUAAAUGGGAAACCGUUGGUACCGGUUAUUAACGAUGGGGCGCUGUCGAAUUUCUUGCAAGUUGGACGCCCGAAUCAUACUCUUGUAAAUGGAAAGCUUAAACUUUUCUCCGGCACUGCAAAUUCCGAACUUUCUAAGGAAAUCGCGAGGUACAUGGGCCUUGAUCUCGGAAUGAUCGAUGUAAAACGGUUUGCAGAUGGUGAAAUUUAUGUUCAGCUGCAAGAAAGCGUGCGGGGGUGUGAUGUGUAUCUUGUGCAGCCCACCAGCCCUCCUGCUAACGAAAAUCUCAUGGAGCUUUUGGUAACUAUUGACGCUUGCAGACGAGCAUCUGCCAAAAAUAUCACAGCCGUCAUCCCGUACUUCGGUUACGCUAGAGCAGAUAGAAAAACUCAAGGGCGUGAAUCUAUAGCUGCAAAAGUAGUAGCAAACCUCAUAACACAAGCAGGUGCAGAUCGUGUUCUUGUUUGCGAUUUUCAUUCUGGGCAAUCAAUGGGUUAUUUCGAUAUUCCGGUAGACCACGUGUACUGUCAGCCUGUCAUUCUCGAUUAUCUUGCCAGCAAGUCGAUUUCGUCAAAUGAUUUGGUAGUUGUGUCACCUGAUGUUGGUGGCGUUGCUAGAGCACGUGCGUUUGCUAAAAAGCUAUCCGAUGCACCGUUGGCAAUCGUUGACAAAAGACGACAUGGACAUAAUGUAGCUGAGGUAAUGAAUCUGAUUGGUGAUGUCAAAGGAAAGGUUGCUGUGAUGUUGGAUGAUAUAAUUGACACUGCUGGCACGAUAUCUAAAGGUGCAGAAUUACUACAUGAAGAAGGAGCUCGGGAAGUAUAUGCGUGUUGCACUCACGGUGUAUUCAGCCCCCCUGCAAUCGAGAGGCUGUCAAGUGGUAUUUUUCAAGAAGUGAUUGUGACGAACACAAUCCCGUUAAAGGAACAACAUUAUUUCCCGCAGCUGACUGUUCUUUCGGUAGCGAAUCUUUUGGGUGAGACGAUAUGGCGCGUUCAUGGUGAUAGUUCUGUAAGUAGCAUCUUUACGUGAGUUCUGAGAAAACGUAGACACACAGACAGAUUUGUAGCCGGGAUUCAUUUUUUUUAAACUAGUUUCUGUGAUAAGCGAUUAAGCGGCCUUUUGUAACGUUAACGUUUACUUUUAACUGACUGCGCCAAGUUCGGCUGCAUAUUUCAUGGAAAUUUUUAUUCUUAUAAAAGAAAACUUUUGUUCA